GUUGUUGCCAUUUAUCGAAAUCCUCCAUUAUAAGCGGGAGCCACUGAAUAUGGAUAAGGUUAUUCGACUUAUCUGUAAAUAAGUAGCCUCUGAUCAUCAUAAAGGUAUAAUUGCUUGAAUAUUUUUUCAAAGUCCCUACAUCUACCUCAUGUAAAAUAUAUUGCACCCUAUCUCUGAGCCAUGUUAACUUAAUGGCAAAGACUUUCUUUUAAACCUAUGCCCACAUGAAGGCCUGGUGCUGAGAUCACUAUUAAUGCACAAUUCAAAGUGAAAUAUCACAUCUAUCCUACAGCGUGAUGGCACCCUAUGAUAGUUGGAAGGUAUGCAUCUCAAGCCUUCACCUCUUGACAAAAGCAGAUAUUAAGGUGUUUUCUAAGAUCAAAAUCUUAAAGCUGUAUGCCAUGGCCAAAGCGAACCUCCCAAAUGAAUGGCAAGAGGACGUCUGAUAGGAUGUGACGUUUUCUGCUGUCGCCGCCGCUGCAACCGCCGCCGCAGCCGCUCGCAUCGUACGAGCUCCCUCCACCACCACUCUCAUCGUGUUUGCUCCCUUCGUCACCAUCGUCGCACGAGUUCUCGCUGUCGUGCUCUUGUCUUACGAGCUCCCUCUGCCGCCGCUCUCGUCGCUACUUCUUCUCUCCUCACCGGAGGUUCUUCAUCGUCUCUUCUCAUCACCGUUAGUUCAAUUGAAAAUCAAAGAAUACGAUCCACGAGAGCUCUUAUGUUUGCAAAUCAGCUGGUGCUGCUGCAAAGAACUGAGUUUUUAAAUUCUAAGCAUCUCUUAUUGGCUCAGCUAUCUGAGUUUGUAAACGAUGCUUUAUUCUCAUCAGUUUCAUGCAAGCAACCUUUCCAGCCACCUUCUCUCAUGGUGUCCAUUACUAUUAUCAAUGGAGCUACUCCCAAAAGAGCUGUAUGUUUGGAUGGAAUAUUGCCUGCCUAUUACUUUCAUCCUGGAUCCGGAUCAAGAGCCAAUAUUUGGCUCAAUGACUUAGAGGUGAUGGCCAUACUUGCAGAUUUCAUACUGGUUUAUCUUCCUGCACCUACCGUGUUUCUUAGACCGCCGCCUGCAAUCAAUGCAGGCCCCAUUGCUAAGUUCUUCCACAAAUGCCCGAAUAAUGCAUUCCAGAUUUCAGUGGGAUGCAUGAGAGGGACCUCUAUGUAAUGAACCCAUCAGAAAUGUUAAAUUCAAGAUUGUUGAUGCAAGAAUUACUCCUGAGUCACUUCAUAGGGGAUCUGGCCAGUUAAUUCCUACAGCAUGACGAGUAGCCUAUUCUUCCUUCCUUACGGCUGCCCCUCAGCUUAUGGAACCAGUAUAUUAUGUGGAGUUACAGACUGAUUUAGAAGAAGAAAAAGCACAUGAAAUCGCCAAGUUACAGGAUGCUUUGCAUGCAAUGCAAAUACAAGUAGAUGAAGCAAAUGCCAGAGCAGUUAAAGAGCGUGAGACAACACAGAAAAGCAUUGAAGAAGCACCACCAGUUAUUAAGGAGACUCCUGUUCUAGUUCAAGACUCAGCAAAGAUUAAAGAAGCACCACCAGAUUCUUUCUCUUUUUCUCCGAUUAAACUUGCAUCCUCAAAUUGAAAGUCACUGAAACUAGACCAGAUGUUGAGGUGAGCUUCACUUGUGAAUUUGUUACUUGAGAUGAGGAAUGCACUGUAUAUAGAUUAUGUUGUCACUGUUUUUUUAUUUUUGUCAGAAUUUGAUACUUGAAAAACAGAUGAGAAAUAAAAAAAUAUAAAGAGGCAGAAAAGCCUGAGGUAGGGGAUCAAUUUAGAUGAAGUUCGAAUUUUAGAACCUGAUUAAGCAACCUUAUUGUAUAUUUUGACUUAAUUAGAGGACAAUAGUUGAUGUAUCAAUACACUUUGUUGAUGUAUGGUUGUUACUUAUUAUUAUA